CUUCUCUCUUAACUUCAACAUCUGACCUUUCCUCCUACAAAAGCUUUACUACCACAUCCAGCACUGUAUCCAUCACCCACAUUACCUACGAUCGCUCCCAAUUCACUAGUCAAUAUCAACGCCAGUACCACACCCUUGCUGUCACACCUUUACCUGUCCGGGGUGUGAAUCAAAUUUGAAUAAACAGCGGUUCCUCGGCUCAUUUAACAACAAUCACAGCAAUAGUAGCUUCAAGUCAAAAAUCCCAACCCACGCCAUUAUCACAGCAGGACACCGCUACCAGGGAACAGUAUAUUCUGUACUUCAUACCCAGAAACAACAGGUGACACCACCAAAUCUCGUUCCCCAAGAGGAUUUUAUUCUCAUCACCAUGAACAAGACGAUCUCUUCAGGCAUCAACACCACAUUUUCAAAUGUGGAAAUGGGGGGAUGCAACCAGCUUUCCACCGAAUAUCAAUGGCUCGAGGGACGGCGAUACCAUAACAUACCCGGGGCUUCUUACCUCCUUCCCAAUGACAUUGAUGAGGUUGACAGGCUGCAACUUCAACACUUCAUCCUUCGUUAUGCUAUUCAGGGUAACUACAAAUCCCCGCUCGAGAAAUCAAAGGUGCGGGCUAUUUUGGAUGUUGGCUGUGGACCCGGAACAUGGACAAUGGAAAUGGCUAACGAGUUUCCUGAUGCAACCAUCACAGGGAUUGACAUAUCCAUCGUAUUCCCAACAACUAUCAUCCCGAGCAACUGCAAGUUUAUUCAACAUAACAUCCUCAACCCCUUGCCUUUCCCUGAUAACACCUUUGAUUUUGUCUAUCAACGACUUCUAGUUGCAGGAUUGACGCAUGAAAACUGGAUAUUUGUUUUAAAGGAGCUGGAACGGGUCACUAAACCAGGUGGUUGGAUCGAGUUGGUUGAGAUAGAUGGCAUUGGUGGCAACAAUGGACCAUGUACGGCCAAGAUCUGGAACUGGAUUGAUAAAGCACUUUCUACCCGUGGCGUCAACUGUUUGAUUGGUCGGGAUAUCGGGUAUGGCAACAUGCUGAAACAGGCAAAUGUGGUAAAUGUAAAAGAAGAGGUAUUGAGACUGCCGACAGGAGACCAUGGUGGUAAGAUCGGAACGUUACUUAAAGAGAAUGAGCAAUCGUUCUGGAAUGCAAUCACACCAAUAGUCAUCCAUGGUGCUGGCGUGGACAUAGACGAGUAUGAAGAGAUGAUGCAAAUUGCAGACUCGGAAGUGGAAGAGUAUAAAAGUUAUCAUAUCUUCUAUGUCGUAACCGGCCAAAAGCGCGAUUAGUCACCUCUUCAAAGUUGCUUGCUGCUAUGCUGCUCUUUUUAAAACACUAUCAUUAGAAAACUCUUCCUUCUAAUCCCUUGAUAGUCUUCAAGGUUUCCAUUUUGUCAAUAAGUCUUCCACAAUAAACCAGUAGAGCUACCUAGCAAACGCCUCGAAUGUUGAUACACUACUAAAUGGCCGUCUUAACUUCAGAGCCAUUAUCGAAUGUUUGGGCAAAAUGCACUUCAGCAACCUCAAGAACAAUUCGAAAAUAAUAAAGUCUGAUCUCAUUCCUGCAAUCACUGUUCAAGAUCAAAUCACGUAACCAAUUCUAUCCAAGAGCCGGUGCCUGCCCAUUUCCCUGCUGAAUCUUCAAGUAUUGCCACUAUAAACAUAGUCAUUGUCGGUUCAUUGUUCCCUCAUCUCUUUACUUGUUCAUUUAUUCGUUCAUCAAUAGCUACGACUGAAAAAAAUAGAGCCACAAUAUCACACAGACAUAGGAGUAACACCAGC